GAAGGUCUGCUCAUGGAUUGGCUGGCCUAGCUCGGGGGCUGCGCCCUGGGGGCAGAGUCCGCCCCCCCCUCCCGGGGGGCCUUCAAAUAAAUCCCCAACAGGCAAGGAAAAACCGAGUUGGUGUUGUUGAUCCUCCCUUCUGGUCCACUGCAGGAGGCGCCGGAGCCAAGGCACCAGAACUAGCUGAGCGCACAGCCCAGGCAGCACCGAGCGCACCCGGGAGGCCCCAGGGUCGUCGGGCGAGCAUUUGGUCUUUAGCCAUGGGGUCCGCAGCGUUGGAAAUUCUGGGUCUGGUGCUGUGCCUAGUAGGUUGGGUGGGAUUGAUCCUGGCGUGUGGGCUGCCCAUGUGGCAGGUGACUGCCUUCCUGGACCACAACAUCGUGACGGCGCAGACGACUUGGAAGGGGUUGUGGAUGUCGUGCGUGGUGCAGAGCACGGGGCACAUGCAGUGCAAGGUGUACGAGUCUGUGUUGGCGCUGAGUGCCGAGGUGCAGGCAGCUCGUGCGCUCACCGUGGGCUCUGUGCUGCUGGCGCUGGUGGCGCUCUUUGUUACCUUGACCGGCGCGCAGUGCACCACCUGCGUGGCCGCGGGCCCGGUGAAGGCACGCGUGGCGCUCACCGGCGGAGCGCUUUACGCGUUGUGCGGGCUGCUGGCACUUGUGCCGCUCUGCUGGUUCGCCAACAUCGUGGUCCGCGAGUUCUACGAUCCCGCGGUGCCGGUGUCUCAGAAGUACGAGCUGGGCGCGGCGCUGUACAUCGGCUGGGCGGCCUCGGCUCUGCUCAUGUGCGGCGGGGGCCUCGUGUGCUGCGGCGCCUGGGUCUGCUCCGGCCGCCCGGAGUUCAGCUUCCCGGUCAAGUACUCGGCGCCGCGGCGGCCCACGGCCAACGGCGAAUACGACAAGAAGAAUUACGUCUAAAGACGGGAGGCACGGCGGGGCCCUUCCCGCAGCCAAGCCCGUGAUCGGAAAGACCGACGCGGGAAGCCGCACGUGGAUGGCAACCACAGCCGAGUUGCGUAGCGGAGACUCCGAGGCAAGUCAGGCUGGGUUCCGGCCAGACUUUUCCGCGCCCACAGAGGGUCCCCUGACCGUCACCAGCCAGCUCAGAACAGACUACGGGCACUUGUGAGGACCUGACCGACCUCCUUUUCUAUGCGCAGUUGGCCGCGGCGUGGGUGGGGCUCUCGGAUUUCAUCGGUGAAGCAGGCACCAAAAUGCAGCUGACGGUUCCUAUUGAGACCCUGGGGAGUUCUAGAUGCUGCCUUAAUGUCCAGUAGCUCCUGCUGACCUAAGAGGGCAGCUGGAGAACCCCGGGCCCUCAGCCUGGGCUGCCAGAGGGAUGUGUCAGAAAGGGCAUUUUCCUUGUUGAGAGGAGCCACUGAACCAAAGGACUUAACCUGGACCUCGUCUCACUCCAGUACUCCCCCAACGUGGGGGCAGCGGGGGAGAGGCGCUGUAGGUACCAGAGCCUUAGAGGGGCUUCCCUCCUCGCAGCUUGGGUGGG